UUUGAUGAAUACCAGAAGAGCAAGACAAUCAGCAGUGACCCUCAUCAGCCUCACAUCUCCCAAUUCAUAGAGACACGCUCUGGUCAACUGUACAACACCAACCAUCCACAGCAAAAAGCUAUCACCAAUUCCAUAAUGUCAGACCUGAUUGUGGAUUGCAACAUGCCCCUAUCCAUCAUUGAACACAAGAGCUUUCGUCACUUUUUGUCAUUGUUUGAUAGCAAAUACGCCCCAGUGUGUCGCAGAACCGUAAGCGCCAAGAUUGACAACCUGGUUGCCGACAGGCAGACAAAACUCAAAGAUCAGAUGGCACAAGCUGACCGCAUCUGUCACGGUAGACAUAUGGUCUGACAGAAAAAUGAGAGGAUUCCUUGGGGUCACUACCCACUCGAUUGAAAUGGAGAAUGAGGUCGUACAACUGAAGUCCAAUCUGUUGGCAUGUAACCGCUUUACAAGAGCAAACACAGGGGAA